AUGAUCUUAUAUCUACUCUGUCGCAUUCUGACAACUGUUUUUGGUGUCCUUUAUCCUGCAUAUAAAUCUUAUAAAGCCCUUCGAUAUAAAGAUGUAAAGGAAUUAGUUCGACUGACUAUGUAUUGGAUUGUCUUUUCUUGCUUUAUGGCUUUCGAAACUUUUGGAGAUAUUUUACUGACUUGGUUCCCUCUGUAUUAUGAAAUCAAAACUGUAUUUGUACUCUACCUCGUAUUACCAUUCACACAAGGAUCCAGCAUAAUAUACAGAAAAAUUGUGCAUCCUCAACUUAGCAACAAGGAGAAGGAUAUCGAUCAGUACAUUGAACGGGCAGCAGAAUCCAGCUGCUCUGCACUCAUGCACUUUGGUGCUAAAGGAUUAACUUAUGUUGCAAAUACGGCUAUAACAACGGCAAUGAAGAGUCAAGAUCUUAUCAUCAACCAUCUUGCUCAGAGGAGUUUAAGUUUGGAUGACAUCCGUCCACUUGCUCGUCAAAAAUCGGGUGGUAACACUACGGAUGCAUAUCAGUCCUCUAAACAGUAUCAAGCUAGUCGAACGAAUCGAACUCGUUAUGAAAAUGCAGUGGCUUAUUAG